AUGUUCGACGUAGACUGGCUCAGUCUCGCCGUCCCACUCGCCUAUCUAGGCAUCCUCUUGGGAUCACUCGCCACAUUUUCCUCUCUCUACCGCAAGCGCAAGGCCCAGAAGGCCGCGUCCCUGGAACCAUGGUUCCCCGCCCAUAUUCAGCGCGAUAUCUACUUCUCUCUCAUGCACCUUGAACCAACAUCCACACAAGAAAAGAAGGCCCCCGCCAUCCCCGACUCCAUCUUCAAGGCUGCUCUCCUCCGUCGCGCAGCAGAGGACAUCCGUCGCAUCAUGGCCCUUCGCAGCCAAAAGCAGGCUCUUUCUACAUUACUGCAGCGUGGUAGUGUGGGCGAUGAUUUGUGGCAGCGAUUCCAGCGUGCGGAGAAGGAAAUGGAAGAUGAGGUUAAAGAUGUUGUUUCCGAGGCAAAUGCCUACGUCGCCGGUUGGGGCCAGACCAUCUUCCAGUCCGCUAACGAGAUGAUGAACAACGAUAUUUACCGCAAGCGCAUGGAAGAGCAAGCUUCAAAGGUGGCCGAGGAACGCAAGUGGUGGGACAAGAAGAAGUCCAGCAUUCAGGAGGGUUUCAUGAAGGAGUUGGAGGGAAAUUCUUCCACAGCGACUAAGACUACCUCUGCUUCAACGACUACUAAGGACUUCGAUAGUGCGCCCACGACCUCUGCUGCCCCUGGGGCUUCUGUCCAGGGGAGUGAUGACGAUGCGGUUCUCGUUGAGGCUGAGACUUCGCCCAAUACACCUGCUUCUCCGCCGAGUGCGAAGAAAAAGAAGGGCAAGAGCAAGAAAUAG